AUGAUGAUGGGUGCCGGUGCCGGUGCCGGUGCCGGUGCCGGUUCCGAUGCCGAUGCCGCCCUCCCCGCAGUGCGCCCCCCGGGGCUGGCCGGCGCCUGGUGGCCGGCGCUGGUGGCCCUGGUGGCCUUGGGGACGCUGGCCCUGGUGGCCCUGGUUGCGCUGGCGGCGCGGAGACGCCACAAGGAGACGCGAUACGGGGCCGCCUUCGCUCCGGCCGUUCGCUUCCGCGUCCGCAGCUCCUACGGCCGGAGGUCAGCGCAGGCGACACUGAACCGUUUGGGGAUCAGCCCCGAGCUGAAGGAGAAGCUCCGUGACGUCCUCGUGGAGCGGCACCGGGUGGCGCUGGGCAAAACUCUGGGAGAGGGCGAGUUCGGCUCGGUGGUGGAGGGGACGCUGCGCCAGGACUCGGGCGUGCUGCGCGUGGCCGUGAAGACGAUGAAACUCGCCAUCUGCUCGCGGGGGGAGCUGGAGGAUUUCCUGAGCGAGGCCGUGUGCAUGAAGGAGUUCGACCACCCCAACGUCAUGAAGCUGAUCGGGGUCUGCCUGCAGCCGUGGGGGAGGGGCAGCGAGGGGCCCCCCCCCGCCCCCAUCGUGCUGCUGCCCUUCAUGGCCCACGGGGACCUGCACAGCUUCCUGCUCUGCGCCCGCCUCGGGGACCCCCCCAGG